UCUUCAUCCAAAAUCGUCUUAACUUAUUACAUGUAUAUUAUAUAUAGGGAGGAGUAGUAGAAUCUACUUAAAAGGCCAGUGCCAAAAUCCGAAAAAUAUUCAACGAUUCUGUAUAAUAUCGAUAAUGGCGGUCUGAACUGCCACUCCCAAUUACCAUAACGAUUUUAUUCCUCUCACAAAUUCACAAUAAUAAGGAGUAAUAAAUAGUAGGAGUACCCAGUCCAUUUUCUAUAUACACAACACACACGCACUAUGAUGCAGCGACCGCUUCUCUCUGCCCUCCUCUUCCUCAUCCUCUGCGGCGCCGCGUACGGCCGCUUCAUUUCCGACCAACCGCGUCUCGUCUCCGAUGGGGUGCCGUCGUUUCUUCGCCUCGCGGAGGAGGAGGAGGAGACAUGCGAUCAGACGUACGGAUUCAUGCCGUGCACGUCAACCGCGAUGGGGAACCUCUUCCUCAUCCUCGUCUACGGCUACCUCAUGUUCACGGCGGCCACGUAUCUCUCCGCCGGCAGCGAGCUUCUGCUCGAGAUUUUGGGGCCUGGAAUCGUCGGCGGCCUUUUCCUCCCCAUUCUCGGAGCCCUCCCUGAUGCUAUGCUUAUACUCGUCUCUGGUAUGUCUGGAAGUGUAGAAACUGCUCAAAGCCAAGUUUCCGUUGGCAUGGGCCUUCUCGCUGGCUCAACCGUCAUGCUCCUCACUGUCAUUUGGGGCUCCUGCAUUCUCGUUGGCAAGUGCGAUCUUCAAGAUAAUCUCGCCAAAGACAACCAAGACACAAGAGCCUUCAGUUUAACUGGUUACCUCUUAUUCCAUUCUUCUUUUGUGCUUCGCUUCUGCUUUUCAUAUCAUGGUUGUAUUGGUUAUGAAGGUUCGGGCGUUAGCACGGACAUAUGGACAACCUAUGCUGGCAUAAUCAUGGCUAUAUCUGUGAUUCCCUUCAUCAUAGUGCAAUUUCCCCAGAUGUUGCAUUAUGAUUCCGGAAGGAACUUGGCUGUCUUGAUUGGCCUCAUUGUCUCAGCUUCCCUUCUCAUUGCCUAUUGCCUUUACCAGGUUUUCCAGCCCUGGGUUCAAAAGAGGCGUCUCGACUACAUCAAGCACAGGCAUGUGAUGUCCGGGAUCCUAAAGCAUCUGAAGAAGCGCGCCCUUGGGAAGCUCUCCACAGUGGACGGUCUGCCUAACGAAGAAGUUCUGUCCAAGCUGUUCAAGGCGAUUGAUGAGAAUUCGGAUGGAUACCUUUCCCACACAGAUCUCCGAGCCCUCAUCAUCGGAAUCCAGUUCAACGAGGUGAGUUUGGACCACAGCGACGCCGUGGAGAAGGUGAUGAGGGAGUUUGACACCAGCCAAGACUCUAGAAUUGAUCUACAAGAGUUCAUUGUUGGAGUUGGGAAAUGGCUUGAGGAGGCCAAGACUGGCAAUGAAUCCAACCGUGCUGCUGAUUCAAUGAAGUACAUAGACGAUUUCCACACGCAAACAAAGAGAGAUCAUUUCCUGUUGGGCGUGCAGAGCGAGGAGGGUGAAGAGGGCGUCGAGAACUCGGCUUGGACCACGGUGAAAGCCGUCCUUCUACUCCUCCUUGGAACUGCCAUCGCAGCUGCAUUCGCGGAUCCUCUGGUUGACUCUGUCCAAAACUUCUCCAACGCCACCAAGAUUCCUACCUUCUUUAUAUCAUUCAUUGCUCUGCCACUGGCGACCAACUCCAGCGAGGCCGUCUCCGCCAUCAUAUUCGCCAGCAGGAAGAAGCUGAGAUCUGCGUCCUUGACAUUCUCUGAGCUGUACGGAGCAGUGACUAUGAACAACGUGUUGUGCCUAUCGGUGUUCUUGGGGCUCGUCUACGCUAGAGGGCUGGUUUGGGACUUCUCAUCGGAGGUGCUGGUGAUUUUGAUGGUGUGCAUCGUGAUGGGCGUGUUUGCGAGCGUUCGCACCACGUUUCCGGUUUGGACCUCUUUGGUGGCUUUUCUUCUGUAUCCGUUUUCUCUAGCACUAGUGUAUGUUCUUGACUUUGUCUUCGGCUGGUCGUAGGUUUGUUUUGGUUUUGGUUUUGGUUUUGGUUUUGGUUUUUACAGUGGAGAGAGAGAGAGAGAGUUUCACAGGAAGUGUGUUGUUUGUUUCGCUUUGCUUUGCUUUGCUUGUUCUAAUGCAUUAUUCACAGUUGGAAUUA